AUGAUUCCACAACAAUUCUUAAUCACCAUAAUUUUAACAUUAACUGCAAUCGCAAAUGCCAAUUUCAUUGCCUUCACUGGAAACAAAUGUGAUGGUACUGGUGGUGCAAUUGUUUCAUUUAAAGGAUGUACCAACUUGAAAAACAGACAUUCAUUUAAGUUUGUUGACAAGUUACCAUUUUCUCCAACAACUUAUAUCUCAUUUUGGGCUAAGUCAAAAUGUACUGGUAAUGAAAAUGGUUAUAAAAAUCCAAAAUUAAAUCAAUGUUACAACAUCCACACUGGUGGUAAAGUCCUAACUGGUCAUGCUUAUGAUAACUGCCAUGUUGCUACUCAUAGUUUCCCAAUCAAGUCUUGUCCAGAUGUCAAUGAUAAACAUGCUGUUAAAAGAGAUAACGAGGCUGAAACUUCAAACGAUGAUGUUAUAAUUACCCCAGUUGAUGAUAGUGACUCCAACCCAGUUUAUAUCUUUGAUAACUAUGAGUACAGUUUUGAUGAAACAGUCGCUCGAUUAGAAGCAGCAAAUGUGUUCCAAGUUUAUAAGCAGCCUUUCAAUGAAUCCUCAUCUGAUAAUGAAGCAACCAGUGUUCCUAAAUGGUUAUUUAGCCAAUUGAUUGAUUUAGCCACAGCCUGA